AAACGUGAUAUUAAUGGAGCGUUAGGUCUGUCGGACUCUUCAAGUGAUUCCAGUGAUCGCGAGUCGACUUCUAGUUCUAGUGAUAGCAGUAGUGAUUCGAGUAGUGAUGAGGAGGAUGUCCGCAAACCAACCCAUUCUAGCACUACAACCAAUACAACCCUUACAACCCAUACACACAACAGCUCUUCUCUUAAUACUAACACAAAUGGUAACAAAACUAAAGCCAACGUAAAGUCAGACCAAUUUUCUAGUGAUGACUCCGACGACUCGAGACAUGCUUCCAAGACAUCCAAACACAACGGAAAUGUCGCCCUUGGCAACACAUCUGUAUUGCCAUCAAUGCCUAAAUUCAGUCAAUUAAGUGAAGAUCUUCGGUUGAGUGAGUCUGGAAGUGAUAGCGAAGACUAAAUGCAAACCCAAUUAUCUGUUAAACAA